CACGUGUGAACCGACUUAUGGGCACCAAGACACCCACCUUCUCUCUAUUUUCCUGCAAACGAGGGCGGUUCGCCUCCUUCAAUCAAUACGGUGAAUCCACAUCUCCCCGGCUCCAGUCUUUCAUCUAUCUUGACGCCCGCGUAAAUUCUAGGGUUCCACCAAUUUUUCAUCCACAUUCAUGCCUGCCUUUGCUCGUCGCUUUUUUUUUACUUUUCUGAAUCACUGCACACACCAGAUGCAAUUUUCUUCUUGAGCAGCAGGAUGGAAAUGACGAGCAUGAUGGAUAAUAAUUAUAUGAUGGAGACACACUUAGAUCUUUUAUUGGAGGAUUAAUUUUCUGCCUAUCGCAUUUGACAUGCAUCUUGAUGGGCUUGCAUAUGAUGAAAUAUCGGAACCUGCAAAUUGGUUCUAUUUUACUAGUUUAUUUUGCAGUGAUGGUGAACUGUUCUAUCAAUUCAGAUGGUGCUGCACUUCUUAGUUUUAAGUCAGCAAUUGUUGGUUCUGAUGGUAUCUUUCUUCAAUGGAAUCAAGAGGAUCCUGAUCCUUGCAAGUGGAGAGGAGUGGCAUGCGAUCCGCAAUCAAAGAGAGUAACUCAUUUGAGUCUGUCCAAUCACAGGUUGAUUGGAUAUAUUUCACCGGAGAUUGGAAAGAUAAACCAUUUAAAGAUAUUAGCUCUUCACGGCAAUAGUUUAUACGGAACUGUUCCUCCUGAGCUUGGAAACUGUACUGAUUUACAGAUUUUAUACUUGCAGGGGAACUACUUAAGUGGUGGCAUCCCCUCUGAAUUUAGUAACCUCUCAGAGCUAGAGAAUCUGGAUGUUUCAAGCAACACAUUGAGCGGAUCCAUACCUCCAUCACUUACUAAGCUGUACAAACUAAAAUCAUUCAAUGUGUCGAUGAACUUUUUGACUGGCACAAUACCAUCGGAAGGUGCUCUUCUUAAAUUUGGUGGGAAUUCCUAUCUUGGCAAUCGUGACCUUUGUGGGAGUCAAAGCGUUUUAUGCAGGAAUGAGCUUCCAUCACCGGUGGCCAAUUCUCAAGCACCAUCUUCAGGUAGUUUCCAGCAAAACAAGAAAAGUGAUUCUACCAAGCUUGUCAUUAGCGCAGUAGCAACAGUUGGCGCUUUGUUGUUAGUGGCUCUGAUGUGUUUCUGGGGAUGCUACCUUUACAAGCAAUUUGGCAAAGAUGAUGCCAGAAAUCUAGGAAUGGAUGUCAGUGGAGGUGCAAAUGUAGUAAUGUUUCAUGGGGAUUUACCCUACUCAUCGAAGGAAAUGUUGAAGAAACUUGAAAUGCUUACCGAUGAAAAUAUUAUAGGUUCCGGUGGAUUUGCAACUGUAUACAAGCUGGCCAUGGAUGAUGGCAAUACUUUUGCGUUGAAAAGGAUAAUGAAGACAAAUGUAUCUUUAGACCGUUUAUUUGAUAGGGAACUUGAAAUCUUGGGCAGCAUCAAACAUCGUUAUUUAGUUAAUCUACGGGGUUAUUGCAAUUCACCAUCAUCAAAGUUGUUGCUAUAUGAUUAUUUAGCUGGUGGAAGCUUAGAUGAAGCACUACAUGAAAGAACGGAGCAAUUGGACUGGGAUGUUCGCCUUAAUAUUAUAUUAGGGGCUGCAAAAGGUCUUGCAUACCUGCAUCAUGAUUGUUCACCACGAAUCAUACAUCGUGACAUCAAGUCAAGCAACAUAUUACUUGAUGGCAAUCUGGAGGCUCGUGUAUCAGAUUUUGGCCUUGCAAAACUCUUGGAGGAUGAAGAGUCUCAUAUCACUACAAUAGUUGCUGGAACUUUUGGUUAUCUAGCUCCAGAAUAUAUGCAGAGUGGUCGGGCCACUGAAAAGACGGAUGUGUACAGUUUUGGAGUUUUGGUUCUUGAAAUAAUAAGUGGCAAACGGCCAACUGAUUCAUCGUUCAUUGAAAAGGGCUUGAACAUUGUAGGAUGGUUAAAUUUCUUGAUUGUGGAGGAUCGUCGGAGAGAGAUGAUAGACCCGCAGUGCGAGGGAGUACAGCUUGAAAGUCUGGAUGCAUUGCUCUUAGUUGCAAUUAGAUGCGUGUCUUCCAGUCCUGAUGAUCGGCCAACCAUGCAUAGGGUGGUGCAGAUACUGGAAUCAGAAGUCAUGACUCCAUGUCCAAGUGAUUUCUAUGACUCCAGCUCAGAUUGAAGCGGGAAAAUGAAUUCUUCUCCUACACAUAAUAGCUGAGGCUUCAUUGAUUCUCUUUAUUUGUAUUUUGUUUCUUUUCAGCCUGCAUAUUUUUGCAUCUUCAUGGUUAACAAUAGCCUCGUUUCUGUCAUUUAGUUCUAUUAUUCUUCAUGGAAUGUCUCAGGAUUAUUUAUGCAGACAUUUUCUAGGUAAGACUGCUAGUACAUUUUGGGAUCUGCUUUCCAAAAGUGUUUCGCUUUGAAAUUAGUGCACAUAUGUAUACUUUUUGAAACUUGACUCCAUAUGCUGAAGGGAAAUAAAAUUUCUGCGAUUGGUGUGGAAUUG